AGUGGCCAAUUUUCUAACUAAUACCCCCACUCUACCCGCAUUUCUUCACUACCGUUCAAGAAAAGUUGCGCGAGUAAUAACAUGCGUGGUGGAAAUAACAAAUAACAUCAUGGUUCAUUAUUUCCACCAUCCAUUUCCACGCAUGUGAGAAUUACUGUGAGGGUGGUAAUUUGAAAAGUAUCUUGACUUUCGAAUGAUUUAUCCAAAGAAACCGUUUUAUUAGAAAUAAGUAUACAAUGGAAGGAAAAUAUUAUGAAAAUCCAUUUUGUGAUUAUGCACCUAACAAGGAAAAAACAGUGAAAGAAGACGGAGAGGUUAAUUAAGAGUGUCUAAUAAUUUGUGUUAGAAUAAUAAUGCCCAGUACAUUAUUAUUCCUCUUGCAUGUAAUGUCAAAUAAGCUUUUUAAAUUAUUUACUUAUUUGUACUACAUUAUUUUCAGUUACAUGGUGAAUUUUUAGAGAAUAUUAAAAGCGUUUCUGUUACAUUGUUCCAAAAAUUGAAUUCAUCUCUUGGGGAAAUGGGAAAGGAUGAUUAUUCAGUGUAUACUGGAACAUCAGGGAUUGCCUUCCUUUAUUUUCUUAUGGCUAUGAAAUUAAAGAAACCGGAAUACUAUAAAAAGAGUUUGAAAAUUUUGGAAAAUACUUUUCCAAGAUUAAAAAAUCGCCGAGUGAGUUUUCUGACAGGAGAUUCUGGUCCUUUGGCAUUGGGGUCUGUGAUGUAUGAUCGGUUGGGGAUGCCAGAGGAAUCAUUGAGAUGUGCCCACAGAGUUAAGGAAAUUUUACCAACCAUUGUGUCACUGAAUUCAGAUCUUCCAGAUGAAAUAUUGUAUGGCAGAGCUGGCUAUUUAUAUUCACUUUUGUUCAUGAAUAAGUACGUUGGAGCAGGGACUAUUGAAAAUUCUGUGAUUAAAGAAGUUGUUACAGCAAUACUUGCAUCAGGAAAAAAUAGAGCCAUUCGAGAGAAACGUAAAGUUCCCUUAAUGUAUAUGUGGCAUGAGAAGUACUAUUUGGGAGCAGCUCAUGGUAUUUCUGGUAUUUUGUUCUUAUUAUUGCAGCCAAUUAAUCCAUCCCCAAAAUCUCAAGCUUUAUCCAUGCUGCGAAGCACAGAGAUUAGUAUUAAUGACACUUCCUACUUUGUGUCAUUAACACUUCAGACGUCAGUAAAAUCAUUUUGGAGAGAAUCAACUGGCUCCAACAGAAUCAAAGCAAAGUUGCUGCAGUUCAGAGCUGAAGCUCGAGAAUAUAUAAGUCAGUCAGAUCUGCAGAAUGCUGUGAGGCCAACCAUUGAUUUUGUUCAAGAUCUCUGUUUUCCAUCUGGAAAUUUCCCAUCAUCGUUGGGCAACAGUAAUGAUCGCUUGGUGCAGUGGUGUCAUGGAGCACCAGGAAUGGUGGAUUUGUUUACGUUAGCAUACCAUGUUUUCAGAGAUGAUAGAUACAUGCAAACUGCUAUCCAUUGUGGGAAUGUUGUGUGGAAUAAUGGAAUUCUAACAAAAAGUUACGGUAUUUGCCAUGGUGUUGCAGGCAAUGCUUAUACGUUUUUAACAUUAUACAAGAGUACUAAAAUGGAAGGACUUGCCGGAGUUGUAUACUUUCUGACUGACAUCCAAGACCCUGAACAUGCAUUGUUUCCAGCAUAUGGAUUGUAGAUUUUCAUUGGAAUUAUAACUUGACUCUCACACAGUAUUUUAUGGGCUGCUUUAUAGAUAUGCUUUACUUGUGAUGAAAAUUUACAAAGAAUCAACGAGUAUUCAUGCAAAUAAUGCUCAUGACUGCUAGAAACAAUGUAAAUAUAGAUUUUUUUAAACAUAAAUGUAUGCAAACUCAUUAUAACUUAAUAAAUUUACUUUGUGUGACAAUUUUGUUCUGGCAUUUGGAAAACAUGAAAAAAAUAUACUACUGUGUAAUGUUGCCUCCCUGAUUCCAAAAAAGUGUUAUUUUUUGGGUGAUUUUUGUCUUUGGUUCAAAAACAUCUGUCCAUCUGUAGACCACACUACCACCUCAACCUUUCACAGGAUUUCCUACUAAUAAAAUAUUUCCUGAUUGAUUGGACCAUAAAUGACCUUGCACAUUUUGGGGUAUUAAAAAAAAGCUUCUAUAAUAUAUUCAAUUUUUUCUUAAAAAUUCACCCAAUGUUUUGCGUGAGUAAGAGCGUAGAAAAAAUUUGCAGGAGUUAUUUUUUUCUUUCAAAUGUGUUAUUUCGAAAAUUAGUUAAGUCCAAAAUGUAUUCAACUUUCUCAAAGAAAUAUUCUUUACUU